CAUUGAACGUGGUCUGGAGCGCUCUUGUUGUUGUUUUUUUAUUCGUCCUCCUAUAAAAGCCCGGGGCAACUAUGAAUUCAAGCUCAAAUUAUAUUUCUCGCACUCUCUGCUAAAAUGAAAUCUUUGUUGGCAAAAUCCGUUGUGUUCUUCUUAGUACUUACGAGGUCGAGAUGUGCUCCUGGAAGAUUAGGUACCAUCGAUCGAUUUAUUCCAGACUUCACCGUGACCGACGACGACGAUGAGUUUUAUAAGAUUUCAACGGACGAGUCGGAAGAUCAUACUUGGAGCUACUACGAAGACGACGUUACUGACUCGACCCAGGACGACGUUACUGACACGACCCAGGAUGACGUUACCGAACCGACCACGAAUGAAAUACCUCUGGAAAGUCUAAUGGCUCAUAUCGAUCAGCUCGCCGGACAGGGUAAUGGUACUACCAAAGGACAGUACGUGUACACGGACAAGACAGGCAGUUCCGUAACGGUCGUGUACGUUGCGGGUCCAUCGUCAUCGCUCGCAGCGUACACUGAUGGUGAAUGAAAACUCGGUGCAUUGUUGUUGUUAUGUUGUUGUUUUUUUUUUUGUUAUUGUUGUUUCAUAGAAUAUGUUUUGUGUUUCGGAGCAUUACUUAUCGAAAAUCGAAAUCGACGUCCAAAACCGUAUCAACAAUUUUCAAUUGUAAAACGUUUGUAUGUAGGUAACUAAUAAUUUCGACUUGAUGACGAUUUUGACGGAUAAGCAUCCCGAAACCAUAUUCUAUGAGCGAUAAGUAUUUAUUUAUGUGUUUUCGGAAAGACAGAAAUAAUUAGAUUGUACGAUAUUAUAUUUUA